AUGCGCCGGGAACGCAUCCGUUCGACGCCCUCCUGGAGAGGUACCGGAAAGCGUCGUGACUGCGCUUUUGUCGUCGAGGAUGAAUCAAAACCGGGAUUUCGAGGAAUGAGUGCUGUGCGCGUACUCCUCCUUUUCUCUUUCACAUACAACGACACUACCUACCCCUGUGCCCUCGUCGAAUGGUUCAAGAAGGUCGGCCGCUCUCCAGACAAGAUUACUGGCAUGUGGAAUGUUGUUCCAGAGUGCACGCGUAAUGGAGAACGGCUGACCACUGUGAUACAUUUGGACUCUGUCCUCCGCGCCGCACAUCUCAUCCCCGUCUUCGGCCGCCAAUACCUUCCUCCCCAUUUUUCACACACCUGGUCCCUCGACGUCUUCGAAGCCUUUUACGUGAACAAGUAUGCAGACCACCACGCAAAUGAGAUUUGUUUUUAG